AAGAGAAGGGGCCAGACUGGCUGCUGACCGUCGUUCGGGAAAGGCAGAAAAUGGCGCUGUUGGUGCGAGGCCCGUUGGGUUCUGGAGUGGAGCUGGUGUCGUUACCGGGCGAAGGUCGGUCGGUUUGGGAUUUGCUCCGGGCCCGUUGCCAGGCACAGGGUCUUCCUGAAGAUCACUUCUAUGUAAAAUGUAAUGGUCGAUGUGUUAAUUCUGAAGAUGUGCUACAAGAUGGAGCUGUUUACAGUCUGGAGCCAAGACUAUGUGGUGGAAAGGGAGGUUUUGGAUCUAUGCUCCGAGCGCUUGGUGCUCAAAUUGAGAAGACAACAAACCGAGAAGCUUGCAGAGAUCUCAGUGGAAGGAGACUUCGAGAUGUUAACCAUGAAAAAGCAAUGGCUGAAUGGGUGAAGCAGCAAGCGGAACGUGAAGCGGACAAGGAGCAAAGGCGUUUGGACAGGCUGAAGCGUAAACUGACCGAGCCAAAACACUUUUUCACCAAUCCAGACUACCAGCAGCAAUGUCAUGAGAUGGCGGAGAGGCUAGAGGAUUCUGUUCUCAAAGGCAUGCAAGCGUCCUCCAGCACAGUGGUAUCUCCAGAAAGCAGUGAGAGUCGGAAGCGGCCAAAUGAGUCUGAAAAGGGAGCAUCACCAGAGAAGAAAAGGUGUUUUUGGCUGGGUGUGGAAGGCUUGGAGGAUCCUGAUAGUUCCCAAGACAGCAGUGACAGCGAAGAUGACAAAUCAUCCAGUACAACGGGAAGUUGUGCAGCGUCGAUUGGCAACCAUAUUGAAAUGGCUGACAGUACAGAAGAGGGGCCCAGCAGUUCAGAGGAUUCCGUAAGCUGCAGUUCGGUCUCUGAUACAGCUGGGAAAUCACAAGCACAAAUGGAGGAGGCUAAAAAAGAACUGGCAGAGGAUCCACCUACCAGUGAAACAGCAGCUAAUGAGAAACCUGAAGCAGACAAGACUCUGAAGGAAGAAAAGCAAGCCAAUGCCUCAAGUAAUCUGGAAGCUGUGAGCCAGUCACAGGGCACCGAGAUUUCAAGAGUAGAUCUGCUGGAAUUCCACUCCGUUUCUGAACUGGAAGCCCUAGGGCUAGACAAGCUAAAGUUCGAACUGAUGGCUUUGGGACUGAAAUGUGGGGGCACAUUGCAGGAAAGAGCAGCACGACUUUUCUCAGUGAGAGGCCUAUCUAGAGAGCAGAUUGAUCCAGUCUUGUUUGCUAAGCAUUCAAAAGGGAAAAAGAAAUAAACACCAUCGUUUGGUUUGAUUUGUACGCCUAAAAGUUUUGCAAGAUUCUUCAUAUCAUGUUUCCAAAAAAGCUAAUAUGAAUGUGUGUAUUCUUUAAAUAAAGUUCUUAUAAGAAUAA